UGCGCGUUCCUUGUCAGUUUUGGAGUUCCUGGCAUCUCACCUCCGCUCCCCGGCAUCUGGGUCGCGCUUCCCGCCAAGGCUUUUUCCUCCUCUGCCAGCCGAGAGCCUCUGCCCACCCCGCACCCCGACCCGGCCCAUUGGUGCCCAGCAGUUUUCCCAGCCCCGUGGUCCUUCCUGCCUUUCCUCCGCCGUGGUUUGCUCCGGGGGACUUUCUGUUUGUUUUCUCCUCUCUCCUCUUUGUUGCUCUAAAACCUAUCUCGCCGAAGCCCCCGGCUCCCGAGCGAGCUCGACUUUGCAGAGGAAGGCGGCUGCCGCACACCGCACCGGCCCCUCCUGCGGCCCCGCAAGCCGGCGCGCCCACUCUGCCUGCCCGACCCGCCGCCUGCGUUCGUUCGCCCGAGGAAGCCAGCCCAGAGUUCAUUGAUGCACCCAUUUCAGUGGUGUAACGACCUUCUUCUCUUUGUUUCUUGGCCCAGAGCCUUAUAUACCUGCCUCAACACCGACCCCUGACAAGGGCAAGGGUGUUUCUGUGGCCUGGGACUGGUAAGCACCAACAAGUCCUGCUCCAUGCCACCCAUCAGUUUCCAAGACCUCCCUCUGAACAUCUACAUGGUCAUCUUCGGCACAGGCAUCUUUGUCUUCAUGCUCAGCCUCAUCUUCUGCUGCUAUUUUAUCAGCAAACUCCGGAACCAGGCACAGAGCGAACGGUACGGAUAUAAAGAGGUGGUGCUUAAAGGUGAUGCCAAGAAGUUACAGUUAUACGGGCAGACCUGUGCAGUCUGUCUGGAAGACUUCAAGGGGAAGGACGAGCUAGGUGUGCUUCCCUGCCAACACGCCUUUCACCGCAAGUGUCUGGUGAAGUGGCUGGAAGUACGCUGUGUCUGCCCCAUGUGUAACAAGCCCAUUGCUGGUCCUUCAGAGGCCACUCAGAGCAUCGGGAUUCUACUGGAUGAGCUGGUGUGAGUGCCGCCUCCAUACCAAGCCCUGGAGAAGACUCCGCCUCCAGCUUCACAGCGGGGGGGACCCGAUCCUUCCACGCAGCUGCGGUGAACAAGACUGUUGGGUGGCAAUGGUCAUGCUGACCUGGAGGGGAGGGGGCGCAGGGCUGGCCUUCCACCAUCAGGAGGAGACUAGACUUGCCCCCUUCAUUGAGUCCUGAAGCCUUCUUCCCAGCUACUCCACACUGACGGCAUGGCCCAUCCAGAAGCCAGUAUCCUGCCACUGGACUGUGCCUGCCUUGUCCCACCUCUAGGGAAAGAAAUCUACUCCUGUAGGGCCAAGAACUUUCAGCACCCCACCUUGAGGGUUCCCCUGAGGAGGACGUGUUGCCCUGACCUAGAAGAAGGGAUGAGCUGGGCUCUGCCCCACCCGUUUCUUCCCUGCCCCCUCCCCAGUCCUUCCAGAGGAAGGUUAGAAGGGGAGGGAGGAGAGAUGGUAGAACCAAGUGCCUCCAGUGGAAGCCAGGGAGCAAGGCACUGGAGGAAAUCAAAUCAGGAAGAGCAGGAACUAAAAGAAGAAAAGUCGCUCUUUACAUGGGACCUGUGGAAGCGAAGGCUGGCCACCUGGCCUGCUGACUGCAGGGGGGUGGAGGGCAGCCCCUCCCCCGCUGGCAUUGAGGUGCUAUCUGUUCACUGAUCUCAGAGCUUCCUGUUCCAGGUUGGGUGCUCCAUCCCCCCCACCCCCCACCACCACCCCAGCAGAGGAAGGGCUUGUUCUCCACCCAAGUGGAUUCCCAGGGGUUUUGUCUAAAGGAGGAAAAAGGGGCCUGGGGAUGGGGGUGUCUGAAGAGUAAGGUCGCAAUAGACCCCCCCUUCCCCCUUGUAAAUAGUAUUUUUAUACUUAAUCCUCACCAUCUCAGGCUUUAUACGUGGAAUUCCCCCCAGUGGAAGAGGUGGGGGUUUUCUUUUCCUCCCCCAAGCGGGUGAGGGUGGGGAAAAGGUAUGUAUUUAAAGAAAAUUAAAUUUAAUAACAAGUUUCUUUUAACCUUU